CUGUAUGUGACCUGCGUUUUCAUGGAUACGUUGCAAUACGUCAAACUCGAUGAUGUCUAAUUGUUAUCGUCAAUUCAGCACUUAAACGGUUCCAAUUUUCUCUACGCCGCACGCAGAACAGUGCCUCUAGGAGGGGAGCCGUUACGUAGACCCGCUAAACGCGAAACGUGUCGUGCCAGGUCAUAGCUGCACAUCGAUUAGGUUCACACGUAUCAUCGGUAGACACUGCAACAGAACUGUUAGAUAUGUUUUCUGUUAGUAUACAUGCUUAAGUGUAAGAAGUGCUUUUUUUCGAAUCAUUCGCUGCAAGAAAUAGAAACGUUGGCAGUUAACCAAUUUGCCGGAAUCUGUUGUGAACGUGACAAUGUCAUUGAUUGGGAACAGUAAAGCUGAGCCAAAUUCUGGAUGGAACCUCCAGUCUCCGUCAAGGAUGUCAAGAAAGCGUCCACGGGAAGUAGAAGGUUCUAAUUGCCUGCGAAACAGUAAUCUACCCAUACAAAUGUCCAUCUGCAAGCCAGCACCAUUUAGUGAUGAGCCUGAGGCAGCAGCUGAACGUGAACGCUGUGAUUACAGCCAGCGUGUUUCUUUCAAGAUGGCAAAAUCUGGAAAUGUUGGUCGACCAAUAAGGGUGUAUGCUGAUGGAAUAUAUGAUCUGUUUCACCAAGGGCAUGCCCGUCAGUUGCUGCAGGCAAAAAACUUAUUUCCAAACGUUUACCUUAUUGUAGGAGUCUGCAGUGAUGCACUCACUCACAGCAAGAAAGGUCGCACAGUAAUGACAGAGUCUGAACGUUAUGAAGCUGUUCGUCAUUGUCGCUAUGUAGAUGAAGUUGUUAGAGAUGCACCUUGGGAACUUGAUGAUGACUUUCUUGCGUUUCACAAGAUUGAUUUUGUGGCACAUGAUGAGAUGCCUUAUAUGACAGAAGAUGGCACCGAUGUAUAUGCACGACUAAAAGAAAAAGGGAUGUUCGCAGCCACGGAACGAACAGAAGGAGUUUCCACAUCAGAUAUAGUGGCAAGAAUAGUGCGAGACUAUGACAUUUAUGUACGAAGAAAUCUUGCAAGAGGAUAUUCUGCAAAGGAGCUAAAUGUUUCUUUCCUGAAUGAGAAAAAGUUCCGCUUGCAGAACAAAAUGGUUGAACUAAAAGAUAAAGGAAAGCGUGUAAUGGAGAAUAUUGGAGAGAAGAAGGUAGAUAUGUUACAGAAGUGGGAAGAAAAAUCACGUGAAUUCAUUGAUACGUUCCUCCUGCUGUUUGGGCGGGAUGGCCCCUUGGUAAGAAGAAUGAAACGCACUGUACACCGAAUUCGAAAUGAGUCGCAAAUAUGGAAUGAAGGGAAAGGGCGUCUGAUGCAAGCUCUAUCGCCUCCAGCCAGUCCUCGGCGUGAUGGCUCACCCACAUCAUCUACCAGCAAUGAUGUUGAUGAAAGCACAAGCAGCCCCCCACCAUCAAAAGCUGGUCGCUAUGACUUCUCCCCCAACUCUUCAGCACAACAGUUUGCUGGCAGACCGUCAGGAGACUUCUCUGAUGAUGAUGAAGAUGAUGAAGAUGAAAGACAGUCAAAAUAACAAUAGAAAAUGUAAAUCUUCCAUAACCAGAAUCUGUUGGUGCUGAAGCUUAGUGCACUGUAAGCUGAUCUUUUAUGAAAGGAGUGUUUGACUGUAAAUCUCCAAAGUACUGUAAUAUUGUUUUAAUUGUUUUAUAGCAAAAAAGAAUGUAAAUGAGCCAUCUGCUGUAAACUAUUAUAUAUUUAAAGUCUUUUAAUUGUUUUAAGUUUUCAGAAAGGUUGGACUUAGUUACAAGUGGCGAUUGUUUUGUUGAUAUUGUGUCUAGUGUUACGUAAGGACAUCGCUCCUAAUUUUUUUUUCUCUUUUUGUUUUCGCUGUAAGCUACAGCAUCAAAUAAAAUUUUGUUUUGUUUGAA